ACUUGAGUACCCUGCUCAUCACAUACUCUCUCUCUUUCUCUCUGCUUCUUCUUCUUCUUCUUCUUCUUCUUCUUCUUCUUCUUCUUUUUCUUCUUGAGCCAAAAUCCAGUCUUAUGAAGCAGGAUGACACAAAACCAUCAGACCAAGACAAUCCCAACAUAAUGAAACUAUCAAGUUUCAUGGACAAGCUCAACAUGGUCUUCAUCACCACCAUGGUCAUGCUUCUACUCCAACACCUCGUUCUAACUACUUCUGGCCGAGCCAUAAUAUCUCCACCGCGCCACUCCUUAGCCACUGACAAAGCAGCUCUUCUCACCUUCAAGAAAACCAUCUUCCACGACCCUUACUCAGCCCUUUUGAACUGGAACGACACCGUUCACGUCUGCCGUUUCAACGGCGUUCGAUGCGACAGACACCACCACCGCGUGGCUCAGCUCAUCCUCAACGAGAGCCAGCUCGUUGGACUGCUCUCGCCGUACCUUUCUAACCUCACCGGUCUUCGGAUUCUAGUCCUCAUUAACAACCACCUCUAUGGAACCUUUUCACAAGAGUUCUCUUCUCUUCGAAACCUUCGUUAUCUUCGACUUGAUGGGAACCGAUUAGAAGGUCCAAUACCACAGUACAUUGCCCAUCUUCCUAAGCUGAUUGGUGCAGUUUUUUUAGGUAACCGUUUUACCGGUACACUCUCGCCUUCUUUUUUCUCCAACUGUUCUCUCAACUUAGAGUCUUUCGAUGUUGCUGAUAACAAACUUAGUGGGAAUUUCCCAGCUGAUAUUGGAAACUGUAAGAACUUGUGGAGUCUGAGUCUGUAUAACAACCAGUUCACUGGUGUACUUCCUCACUCUCUGAUCUAUACUUCACUUGGGAAUUUAGAUGUUGAGUAUAACAACUUUUCGGGUGAGUUACCUUCUAAGAUUGUUGGGAAUUUGCCUGGUUUAAUUUACCUUCAUCUGUCAUAUAACUCGAUGGAAAGCCAUGAUUCAAACACCAAUCUCACACCAUUCUUCGAUGCUCUCGUGAACUGUACUAACUUGAUGGAACUCGAGUUGGCUGGUAUGAAACUCGGCGGGAGAUUGCCUGCUUCGGUUGGUGAACUCGGACAAAAUUUUACAUCCUUACAACUUCAAGAGAACAGAAUCAUUGGAACAAUUCCUCCCAGCAUAUCAAACCUUGAAAAGCUUGACCUACUGAACUUGACAUCCAAUCUCCUGAAUGAAACCAUUUCGCUUGAGAUAGGAAAGUUCCAAAACCUGGAGCAACUUUUCUUGUCACACAACAAAUUUUCAGGCCCAAUUCCUGAGAUAUUUGACAGAUUUCCAUCUCUGGGGCUUCUUGAUCUUUCUCAAAACGAAUUCACUGGAGAAAUACCAUCAACUAUAGGUAACUUGUCGAGACUCAAUUUCCUUUUCCUUAACCAUAACCGCCUUUCUGGGAAAAUUCCUGGUGCAUUAGGACGCUGCUCGGAGCUGCACAAGAUUGAUUUGUCGUACAACAGAUUGUCAGGGACAAUCCCUUCUUUUAUCUCAAGUUUGAGUGAGAUGAGGAUCUUUAUUAAUUUUUCUCAUAACCAACUCGAAGGGCCUUUGCCAUUGGAGCUGAGCAAGCUAAAAGAUGUUCAAGAGGUGGAUCUGUCUUCAAAUAACCUCAGUGGAAGCAUUUCUCCACUGAUAUCAAGCUGCAUUGCUGUGAAAUUGAUUAACUUCUCACACAAUGCUAUAACAGGCAAGCUUCCCGACUCCUUAGGUGAAUUGAAGAAUCUUGAAGUGUUUGAUGUUUCAUGGAAUCACUUGUCCGGAAUGAUUCCACCAACUCUGGCCAAAAUCCACUCACUCAAAUAUCUAAACUUCUCAGUCAAUGACUUGGAGGGAAUCAUUCCCUCUGGCGGGAUCUUCAACUCUAUCACUUCUCUUUCCUUCCUUGGAAAUCCUCAUCUUUGUGGAAGAACCUUUGGCAUACUCGCCUGCCCUCGCAAGAAACACUUUUUUCGCUCUCGAAUGUUCCUUGGCAUAUUUGCUACAGUGAUCUUCAUAUCAGCAUUCUUCACCACAAUAUGUUGUGCCAUUGGAAUCCGCCGCGUUCGAGUUAUUAUCUCAUCAAGGAGACAAGAAUCUAUUCGAAGAAAACAAAGAACUGCCCCUGAACCUAUUCCCAACUUCCCAAGAAUUACCUAUAGAGAAUUGUUUAAGGCCACUGCAGGGUUUGAUGACCAAAGACUAGUUGGCUCAGGCAGCUAUGGGCGUGUCUACAAGGGAGUUCUUUCAGAUGAGACAGCUAUAGCAGUCAAGGUUUUACAUGUCCAAUCAGGAAAUUCAACAAAGAGUUUCACUAGAGAAUGCCAAGUCUUAAAGAGAAUUAGGCAUAGAAAUCUGAUAAGGAUCAUAACAGCUUGUAGUCUGCCUGAUUUCAAGGCUCUUGUUCUUCCUUACAUGGCAAAUGGGAGCUUGGAAAGUCGGCUUUAUCCGCAUUCAGGAUCAGGGUUGGAAACAGGUUCUUCUGAUCUGACUCUCCAACAAAGAGUGAACAUUUGCAGUGACAUAGCAGAAGGGAUGGCAUACUUACACCACCACUCUCCUGUUCGAGUCAUACACUGCGAUUUAAAGCCGAGCAAUGUUCUUCUCAACGAUGACAUGACAGCUUUGGUUUCUGAUUUUGGUAUUGCCAGGCUUGUCAUGACAGCAGCAGGUGGAAAUGCAGCAGCCUUUGAGAACAUGGGAGAUUCUACUGCAAAUAUGUUAGCAGGAUCAAUUGGCUACAUUGCACCAGAAUAUGGAUUUGGCUCAAUGACAUCAACAAAAGGAGAUGUGUACAGCUUUGGAACCUUAGUACUAGAGAUGGUGACGAGAAAAAGACCGACGGACGACAUGUUUGGUGGCGGUCUGAGCUUGCAUAGGUGGGUGAAGAAUCACUACCAUGGAAUGGUGGAAAAGGUGGUGGACUCUUCUCUGGUGAGAGCUUCAAAAGAUCAGUUGCCUGAGGUAAUGAAAAUGUGGGAAGUGGGAAUUGGAGAGUUGAUCGAACUGGGCCUUCUAUGCACACAAGAGUCACCCUCCACUAGGCCAACAAUGUUGGAUGCUGCAGAUGACUUGGAUAGGCUUAAAAGAUACCUCACUGGGGACACCACAGCAACCUUUGCUUCUUCUUUAGGGAUAUCUUCUUCCACUAUUGGUGACUACUAACAUUUUUCUCUUAAAUUUUUUUAUAAAUAAAUUUGUGGAUAUAACUCUAUAUUGCUUCUGUGAUCAUUCCUCCAUUGAAUAAUAAUAAAAAAAACAUAACAAGUGUGAUUUGUUCUCUUUAUUUUACA